GCUCCGCCCCUCGGGCUCAGAACUUGCACCGGGUGCCGGCGGUCGCCGCGGGAGCGUGAGUGCUGGGCGCAGGGCUCUAGGACGCAUUGUCGCCGCACAGACCCCCUUUGUGAGUAGCAGACCGGCCUGGAGGCUGGGAUCUGAACACCCACGUCUGCAUGCUGAGGAAGAUGGGUGAGGCCGUGGCCAGAGUCGCGAGGAAAGUCAACGAGACCGUGGAAAGCAGCUCAGAUACCCUGGACUUGGCCGACUGCAAGCUUGUUUCUUUCCCCAUCUGCAUCUACAAGGUCCUGAGGAACGUCUCUGACCAGAUCCACCUCAUCACGCUGGCUAACAAUGAACUCAAGUCCCUCACCAGCAAGUUCAUGACCACCUUCCAUCAGCUUCGAGAGCUACGCCUGGAGGGCAACUACCUCUAUCGCCUCCCCAACGAGGUCAGCAGCCUACAGCACCUCAGGGCCAUCGACCUGUCCCGGAACCAGUUUCAAGACUUCCCAGAGCAGCUGACCACCCUGCCUGCACUGGAGACUAUCAACCUGGAGGACAACGAGAUAGUGGAUGUUCCAGUGGAGAAGCUGGCCGCCAUGCCAGCUCUGCGAGUCAUCAACCUGCGACUCAACCCCCUGAGCGCCGAGGUGCGUGUGAUUGGCCCGCCACUCAUCAAGUUUGAUAUGCUCGUGUCUCCAGAGGACACACAGGCCCCUCCGCCUUAGGACAGACUCCUUGUGCUCACCCAGCAAGGGACAAAGGAUGCUGGCCUGCCACCCUGAGAGGGGGGAAGGCCCAUGGGAAGCCAGGCUUGGGGAGUAGGGGGGUGGGUGGGCCAGGCAGCAUACAGAGGGAGGGGCACGGCUAAGCCAGGGUGGGUAGCUUGGUACUGUAGUGAGCCCUGGCGCUCCAGAGGGAGGAGGUGAGGCCAGAGCCCAGACUCGGGACGCUCACGGCUGCUGUGCUGACUUGGGUAGGUCUCUUGCUCUCUCUGAGCUUGGUUACUUGGGAGGAGGAAAAAUCACAGCAAGUCUUUCCUGCAUGGAACCAACCCCUCAAAGGUUCUGUCUCCACAUUGCUGGAUGCCCUCUAAGCUCGUGGAUAAACCUUGCUGGGCGUUUCAUAGACCGUACAAUCCGAAGCCUUGUGUCACACUGGGUGUGAGAGCCAGGUCACCAUCCUGAGAGGAGACCAGCUCCACCUAUUUAUUGCCUUCUGUGGACUGAACACAGUGACACCCAUCAUGGUGCCCUGUCCUGGCCAUCAGGGUCCCUGGACUGUUUGGAGCCUGAGCCAGGAAUUGAAAUGCCUAGACGCUGGCUGGGCCCUGUGGCAGGAGUGUUUAUGAAGGAACCCUUGGACAUCGAGACAGGGGACAGAGGGGCAGCUCCAGGCCACUCCUUCUUCCUUGUCCCAAGACAUUGUGUGGAGGACUUUCUACACACUCUGUUCUCUCCCUGAGAAUGGCCUGGCGUGGUCAGGUAUAUUACCCACAGGGCCACAGGAAAGGUGGCCCAGAGAAGACAAAGUCACCCGCACCUGUGACUGUCACCCGAGGUCCUAAGAUUACCUCCCUUUGAUGAUAACCUGGUUGGUUACCACCAACCUCAAGGCUAUCACCGGAAUGACCUGCCGUCUUGAUGACCUUUGCCUGUGGUCUAAAGGGCUACCAGCUGUCCCAGUGUGCCCAGAACUGCGGCAUUUCCCAGGAGGUAGCUGGGCCCAGGCCCCCUGAUAAGGCCUGUGUUUGGGGAUCUCCCUGACUCCCUCCGUCUCCAUGUGUCUACCUCUGCACCUGAGCAGCAGGCCUUCCAGCUGCCCCCGGUCCUGGCUGGUCUGUGGAGGCCCCAGGACACAGGCAGGACUAGGCCGCUUUGUCUCCAACAUUUCGCCGUUUAGAACUCAAACUGUUGUUCAGAGCAAAAACCCACUACGGAGUUUGUCUAGGUCCCUGUCUCUUCACAGUGUUGCUGGCUCUUGGUGGGUUACCAUGGGAGCACUUCUCGUAUCAUGGCUGUAUAUCCUAAAAGAAACCUUGCCUAUUACACUCUCAUCCUAAGGCCAGUCAGCCAGAUGAGGAGGUAGACACGGGGCCCAAGCAAGGGCUGGGAGCAGCCGGGACUGGACUGCUUUCUCCCUCCCACCCUGUGUCCCUGAGUUGGUGGUUUCAUCUUGUCCAGGAAGAGGGAAAGCAACACUAAGUGUUGAUAGGCUAACACCAGCUUGCUAGAAAUGCAGUCUCUGGGGGUGUACACCUGUGAUCCAGCACAUGGCGGGACUAAGACUGUAGGACUGUGGAGAUGAGGCCAGCCUCUGCUGCAUAACGAGAACCGAUCUCAGCACAGCAAAAGCAGACACAGUAAAAGAACGGGGCCAGGCAUAGCGGGCCCUCUUACAACCACAGCCCUCUGAAAGUAGGAGCAGAAAGGUCAGGAGCUCUAGGCCAACCUUGAGUUUAAAAAAAAAAUCCCUGGGCUAUAUGAGACCCCCAUUUCAGUAAAGGGAAAAGCAAAAUGCAGGGUCUCGGCGGACCUCACACUGGCUUUCUGAGUCGGAGCUAUGUGCCAGCAAGAACUGGAACUGAGUCUUCCAGGGAUGUCCCAGAUUGAGCAUCAGCAGAGGGCCCUGGGUAACCUGGGCAUGUGCAGAGUGAAGGUUGCCCCGCCCCCUUUCUCCACUUGCAUGGAUCUGAGUAUAUGCCCAGCCUCCCCCUAACUGAGCACCGGGAGAUCAGAUCAUUUCCCCAUCCUUGUGUCUCUACCAUGGUCGAGGUCGUGAUCGCCAGGCGAUGGUUAGGCCUGCCUUGUCUUCCCACCUUACCUCUGGCUCUUCCUGCAUGCCAGUGGGGUUGUUCCUGGAAGUCAUUCUCUACGCUGCCUGGACAUUAUGAUCUGGCCUGUCUGGGCAAGCUCUGGCAGUCAGAACCCUCCAGAUCCGGGCUCACAGUGUGAAAAAGCCCCGCACUUCAGUUUGCAAUAAAAGAUGCUGUGCUAAACUCA